AUGGAGCGCAAACUACGCUUCGUCGAGGAAGAAUUGCGGCAAAUCGCAGGUGCUCGGAUGAGCAAGAUGGGCAUCGACUCUUUCCUGGAGCAUGCCCAUGAGUACAAGCUGGAACAUGUCGAGGUGAACAUUGCGCAGGUGUUCACCUCUUUUUCCAGCAUGAAGAGCAGUAGUGCGGAGUUGAUUCGGCGGCGGAACAAGGCUCUGGAAGAGAGCCAUGUGAUGAAAGUGGCCGCAGCGCAAAUUGCGCCUGCCAUGGCACAGGAACGUGGAAGAUCCCUGAGCGAGGAGCAUCUUUCCCGCAGGCUCUGCGACGAGUCUCCGAGUCCAAUGCAACAGGACGCCAUGUUGGCCGCAGUGGCUGGCGUUCUGCCGGUCGAGGUCCAGGACCGCUUCGCGCGGGCGCUGUUUCGAGCAACCAGGGGAAACGUUUUCACGCACUUCCAGCCGAUUGCGGAGCCGGUGCCUGAUGAGGCUGGGGGUCCGCCAAUUGCGAAGUCAGUGUUCGUCACCUACUUCCAAGAUGCUGCGGAAGGGAGAUCCGCAACGGCCAUGCGAGAGAGGAUCGGCAAGAUCUGCUCCAGCUUCGCCGUGGCCCUCUACGCCUGGCCACGCAGCAGUGCGGCCGCAGAACAGCAGCUCUGGCGGCUGCAGGAGCAGAUUCAGGAUCAGGAGCGACUUCUGCAGGAGCACGACAGCUUUCUGCGGGAUGAGGCCAGGGGCCUGCUCGAGCCGGCCCGCCAGGGCAGCAGCUCACUUCUGGAAGAGUGGCGGCUGUUCUGUGCAAAGGAGAAGGCCAUCUAUGCCAUCUUGAACUGCUUCGAGGGAAACAACAGCCUGCGGGCCAGCUGUUGGUAUGCAUCCAGAGAGGAAGACAGUAUCCGAUCUGUCCUUAUGACUGGUCCGACGCCCACUAUCGACUUCACAAGUGCCAGCGCCAUGCUGAUUCCUGACAGAGGCCACACAGGUAAGGCAGCCCCUACAUACAACAAGACCAAUGCCCUAACUGCCAUAUUCCAAGAUCUCGUCGACACGUACGGCGUACCACGCUACCGAGAAGCCAACCCUGCACUACUCACCGUUGUUACCUUCCCAUUCCUGUUCGGAGUGAUGUAUGGUGAUGUCGGACAUGGGUUGAUGUUGCUAUCGGCGGCAUCAUGGAUAUUCUACUCGGAUGCUGCCCACAGAUUCCCAGAUCUUUUCCGAGCGAGAUACCUGGUUCUGCUCAUGGGGUUUUUCUCUGUGUACUGUGGUCUCUUGUACAACGAUUUCUUCAGCGUGGGCCUGUGCUUGUUUGAGUCUCGCUGGUGGACGCCGGAGGGAAGGCCUGGAACGGAGGUUAAGUCGGAGCCCUUGUUCGACACCCGGAACAUGGGUGGCACCGGUCCGUAUCCUUUCGGAGUGGAUCCGGCCUGGCAUGGGGCACAGAAUGAGCUGGUUUACAUGAACUCACUGAAGAUGAAGGUGUCAGUGCUGCUCGGCGUGGCGCAAAUGAUGGCAGGCUUAUUUCUGCGCAUGGGCAACGCGCUGCACAAUCGAUGCAAGAUGGACUUCCUCUGCGAGUGCUUGCCCAUGAUGCUCUUCAUGCUCGGGCUUUUUGGCUAUAUGGACUACAUGAUCUUGUACAAGUGGGUGACGCCGAUGGACCCCGCCCCAAGCAUCAUCAACUCCAUGAUUGCCAUGGCCUCCUUCGCCGAUGAUCCGAACGGCAUGUUCAGUGAGGCGAUAUCCCACAGGUUGAUGAUGAUCUGUCUUCUCGCUAUUCCGGCCAUGCUGAUCCCAAAGCCUAUCUACCAAUGGCUCAAGCACAGACAGCGGCAAGAAGCGGCGGAGGAACAGUGCCGACGACCGGCCGGUCUUCUGAUCCUUGGCUCGCAAAGCCCUGCGCGGCACCUGAGGCUACGAGAUGUUGAGCAGCAGUCCUUGGAUUCGGUGGAGGACGACAAGUUUGACUUCUCUGAGUGCCUGGUGCAUCAGGUGAUCGAGACCAUUGAGUUCGUUCUUGGGUCGGUGUCGCACACGGCCUCAUACCUCCGACUGUGGGCACUUUCACUUGCACAUCAGCAACUCUCCCUCGUCUUCUUCAAUCUCAUUCUUCGUUCUGGUAUGGCGAUGCCUCCGCCGCUGAACAUCCCCGCCACGUACUUUUGCUUCGCUCUCUGGUUCUGCGUUACGCUGGCAAUCCUGGGCGGCAUGGACGUUAUGGAAUGCUUCCUGCACACCCUCCGGCUGCAUUGGGUGGAGUUCCAAAGCAAGUUCUACAAAGCAGAUGGACAUGCUUUUCAGCCCUUCCAGCACCGAAGCAUCCUUGUGCAAUGCCUGCAUGACUGA